GAUACUUAUAAGAUUCUUAAUUAAUAAAGGAUCUUAAACUUUAAUCUUAAUUUAAAGAGUCAUUAAAUCUGGCUACCGAUAGUAGAUGUAUAAUUUUGGUUACACCGUUAUAUUAAAGACUGAGAAACGUAUUUUGUGUUACCAAAAUUGUUUCCUACAAAUAUUUACUCUCGAGCGUUUAUACAAACGAAAAAACAAUAAUGAUAUCAUGUAAAAAUGGACAUUUUUUUGUGACGAAUUAUUGCAAAAAUGCACAUAAAAGAUGCCAUUUACGAUAUGCCUCUACAAGUUUGAAUUUUUAUACAUAAUGAUUUUGUAUAGAGCAGAAUGGAAACCUACGAUAGGUCUGGAAAUUCAUGCUCAGAUCGCGUCGAAAUCAAAACUGUUUUCUGGAGCCUCGACAAAGUUUCAGAGUUUAAUUAAUUCUUGCGUCUCGCUCUUUGAUUGCGCGAUGCCAGGAACAAUGCCAAUAUUGAAUAAAAAGUGUGUAGAAGCUGGAGUAUUAACUGCUUUGGCUCUCUCUUGUAAAGUAAACGAUACUUCGACGUUCGAGAGAAAACACUAUUUCUAUUCCGAUUUACCUGCCGGAUUUCAAAUUACGCAACACAAAAAUCCUUUGGCCGUCGAUGGUGAAAUUAAUUUCAUGGUAUUUAAUCCAAGUAUACAUAAAGAACCAUAUUUGAAAUCAUCUAAAAUUAAACAAAUACAAUUGGAGCAAGACAGUGGAAGAAGUUUCCACUACGAAUCACUUGGAAGGAGUUUAAUUGACCUCAAUCGUGCUGGAUUACCUCUGAUGGAGUUAGUCUUUGAGCCAGAUUUAUCGAACGGGGAAGAGGCAGCAGCACUCGUUAAAGAACUUUGUUUGAUUUUACAAUUGAUAAACACGUGUUCGUGUAAAAUGGAAGAGGGGGCAUUGCGUGUCGAUGUAAAUGUUUCUCUGAGUAAACACGAUGCACCUUUAGGCGUUCGUACGGAGAUAAAAAAUAUUGGAAGUACACGCGCGGUCAAUAAUGCCAUUGAAUACGAGAUAAAAAGACAAAUUUCAAUUUUAGAAAGAGGAGACGAAAUUAUCAACGAAACUCGCUUGUGGGAUCCAAUAUGUAAGAAAACAAUUCUUAUGCGUGAAAAAGAAGAAAAUCACGAUUAUCGUUUUAUGCCUGAACCAAAUCUACCUCCUUUGCGUUUACACGUCAGUGAAACUGAAGAAAAUAAACAUAAUUUGAUCGAUGUUUUAUCUUUAAAAGAACAUUUACCCGAACUGCCAGAAGAAAUAAGACGAACGAUAAUGGAAGAUUAUUGUAUUACACCUCAUAUAACUAUUGGAAUAAUGAGUGAUUUUGAACUAUUACAACUGUUUUGUAAUAUAAUAAAAAAUGAUAAGAAUCGUAAUCCUACGUUGGUAGCACAGAUUCUUCUCAACGAAGUAUUGGCUUUUCUACAACGCCACAACUUGGAAUUUACAUUUUGUACAAAUAAUAUACACUAUAUUGAAGAGUUGGUCGAUUUAUUCCAAGCUAAAGUAAUAAACUUUCAAAUAGUAAGAAAGAUAUUGGAUCAAUGUCUCGAUAAACUGGGAAAAAAGCCAAUACAGGUCGUCGAAGAAAAUAAUUGGUUCUGCAUAUCGGACAAAGAAGAAUUGGAAAAAUUAUGUAUAGAAAUAAUCGAGAAAAAUCCGAAACUCGUUCGAAAGUAUAAAGCUGGAAAGACAAAAGUAUUUAAAAAAUUUUUACACGAAGCAACAAAACUUACAGACGAACGCGCAGACAUGGGCCAAGUUUCAAAAAUUUUCACAAGACUGCUGAGUUAAUUUCAGAAUGC